UUCAGGGAAAAUCACCACAGUCUCACACCGGUCAGGCACUGGAGCUCUCGGCUAAUAUAUCAGCUUGACAUUAUCGAUCUGAAUGAUUAUGCGUUAAAAAAUGUCUACAUAAAUGCGUAGUUACAGUGACAGAGCAGUCGGGGUCCGCUGGCUGCUUUAGCUCAAGAGGUAAGCUUGGAGGGCUAGGCUAGCUUGUCAGCAUGUUUGCGUUGUGACCCCCGCGGAUUUGAUUUGGACGCACCGGCUGGCUCGGUGCCCUUUCAGUCGGAUAAAGCAGAUAAAGCCGGUUUUCUGACAAGUUCCACCCCUGUGCUCAGACCCAUGGUAGGGGAGACAGCCGAUGGAAGAGACGGCCCUCAAACAGCCUGCCAUGGUGUCCCGGUUGCCCAAGUUCAGCUCUCGCACCCCUGCGCCCGGAACCUUCUCCAACGGCUCCGCGCUACCCGUUUCCUGCGGCGGGUCUAAAGGGAAGCAGAACGGCGUCAUUCGGUUUCCCCCGUCCCUCUCUCUCAAGGGGAAGAAGGGGAAGGAGGACGGCGGAGAGAAGGUUCUGGAUACUGGCGAGGAUGUCGGAGUGCCGCCCCGCUCCCAGCAGCAGCAGCCGCAGCGCUCUGCUGUGGCUGCGAGGGAGAUCAGGAAGCCGUCGGCCACCGUGGUGGGUAAAGCCUCACGUCCCUCCCCGUGUGGAGCAGGCCCCGGUCCUAGAACACCCCUCCAGUCCACCAGGGCCAACCCACGCGCCACUGUGCCCAAACCCCCCUCCCCUGGCCAGCCGCUGGGCGCCAGCAGAGCCGGCGUCAACGGGAUCUCCUCCAGCUCGGGUAGCGUGAAGCCUGGCGCGGCCUCUGCCCUGUCCCCGCUGUCGCAGUCUAACGACAGCCUCCGGUCCCUCCCCAUGGAGCACGUGGUCCGCUCCCGGAGCUUCAGCUAUUUAAAGAACCCCACCUCCUCCACUGCCCCUGCACUCACCCGCUCCUUCUCCUUCAACCGGGCGGCAGAGCUGGCCAAAGAGCUCCCCCGUCCACUGGCACAGUCCCCAUUGGCCAGGUCUCCUGCCACUCAACCGUCUCUGGUGCUGGCCAGUGAAAAGGUGGGAGCUUUUGGCUUUCCAAAGCCUGCGUUAGCCCCGAGUAGCGGAUGCCCCCUUCCGCCCACGGCCCUGAAGAAAUCCCUUUUGCCUAGCUGUUCUGUUGGCAAGCCGUCAGCCCUUAGCUAUAGGCUAAUGCGGCCGUCGCUCAUCAAGCAGCCCCGCCCUCUACUGGCAGGGAAAAUCCAGGCGAAGACGGAGUUAACCCAGAGGGAUAUGAGCUUUCAGGCAACAGCCCCGCCCAUAUCCGAACCUUCCAGCAACACCCAAAGUGCUGGAACCACGCCGGAGGAGCCCUCCUCUGGGAAGGAGACGGAUGUGUGCCGUGGUCCAGCCCUGGAGGUCCCGGAGGACAUGUCACUAUCGUCCACAUCUUCUCUGGAGCGCAAUGACAUCAGCGAAGAGUACAUGGACGACUUCGAUGACCUGGGCAACGGGGGUGGGUCCCUGCUGCUGGCGGCUCGGGGGAGUGUCCAGGCGGCGCUCUGCGAGGACGAUAAUGCCCUCAUCAGCCAGUAUCAGGAGGGCUCGUCGGUCACUAGUCUACACAGUUUCCUAUCUGAGACAGUAGACUGGGCUGAGAUGGGGAUCACAGGCAGCAGAGUGGCGGCUGGCCCCUCCCCUCGCUGUGUGAGCGAGGUACUGUCGGUGAGCGGGGACGCACCCCACGGCUCCUCGCUGGACCUCUCUCCUUCUGACAGCUCUGGGGGAACCUACAUGUGGGACGAGGAGGUCCUGGAGCCUCUAGAAGCAGUUCCGCACGGGUGUGGAAGCUACGACUCUGACCUCAACAGCAUGGACAUUCUCAACAACCUAGACAACUUGGAGUCAGGCCACCUGGAGGAGGACGACCUCAUGCUCGACGUGGACUUGCCCGAAGACGUCUCCUUUCACAGCGAUGUUGACGGAAUGUGCCACUACGAGCGCUCCGAGGGGGAUUACUGGCCGGGGUCGUGGAGGAGACAGCAGCAGUGGUGGGGGAGGCAGGACAAGCUCCACGACGACAACAGAGGAGGCGUCUGGUGCUCGGUUGACGACGGGCACGUGUAUCUGGGGAGGCGAGACUCAGGACAGGCGCCUCUCGACGAGCUGAUCCUGAAACACAUGACCCAGGACUGCUCAUGCGUCAAAGAACAGCUGCUUCAGCUGAGAAGACUGCUGCAGAUGGAGCAGGACGACUGCGGAGACGACGUCGGAGAAUCUACCGCCAGUCCGUCUUCUGAAGACACAAGCUGCCAUCAGCAAGUGGAGGAGCUCCUCAAAGAGGUUCAGGUCCUGAGAGAAGAGCUGAGGGGAAAAGAGCGACUGAUCACUCAGCUCACUCAGCAGAUGUCUACCCCCAUGGAUGUGACCCAGUGCCACUGCCCACAGGGGGAGCCCCAGACACAAGAGCAUCAAGACAAGGGCACUCAGACACCAUGGAGGGUACAGACCGCCACGCCCCUCUCUUCUUUCCUCUCUCCCCAGCGUCUACAGCAGGGGACUCCGCAGCUGCGCGCACCCUUCCACCACCACCAGAGAGUGGAGGAGCUAGUGCACUACAUCAGAGAUACAGCGUGCCUCAGAUACUACAGCUUGCCCCAGAGUCUCCCAGCAGACACCAGGAGCUGGAAACGCUGUCAAGCCCGGUCCCCACCGGGGCCCCCAGUGACCGCGUGGAUGCCCAGCCUGGUGACGGUUCCGUGAGGCCCCAGCCCUGUACUCUGGUCCUGCCUGCCUCCUCCGUCAGUAACGCUGUCGUCCUGUCUGCUGUUCCCGCCAACGCUGUCG